AGUUUACCUUGUGACCUUAAAAUCUAUUUCCCCUGACAACCAGGUGUAACAAAAUGGCGGAUAUCAUUGAUUUAAUUUAACUGUUUGAUAUGUGCAGUUGGAAUAUUUAAAUUAAAUUUCUGAAAAUCAUUUUUGGAGGGAUGUAUGAUAAGUUAUGACAAACAAGAGCCCUCGAUCGCAAAAUGGAAAAAGACCUCGUUUAAAAUUGUUAGACCUGAAUUUUUCAGACAAUGUGAAUGAGGUUCUUUCUAAUGGCAGACGACCUCAUGGAGGUCUAAGAGGCAGCAAAAAACACCCACUCAGUCCCUACUCAUUUAAUAAAGACGACCAACAUCAUCAGCAGAUCAAAGAUUCUGUCGAGCGACAGACAGACGAAGAUUUUAUUGAGAGAUAUGGUUCUCCAGGAUGGGUAGCUGAGGCAAACAGAGAAGUCAGCCACGGUGGUGAAAAUCCUUUGUAUAUAAACAGACUACUUAGUCCUUGUAAGCAUGACAAUGAAUCUAAUUAUACGGGAUCAAGAGCAGUUACUCCAACGCCAUCUGGUAGAAUUCCCAAUACACCAAAACGAGGCGGAUCCCUUUACUAUAGACAAACUACACCACAUCAGUAUUUAUCAGCAACAGAUCUUCCGAUUCUUUCCUCUACCGAACCUAUGCCGAUACUCGGGAGACCAACAAGAACAACAUUAUUAAGGGCUCGACAAAGAUGUAAUUCAGCACCUAUAAAUGCCUACCAGAAAAGACGAGAUGUUCCGAUCAAACUACCAUGUGGAAACCAUGGAAACCAUGGAAAUCAGCCUUUGAGCAGAGAACCAUCUACUAUAAGUUUAUCUGUUGAAGGAGAAUCUAACCAUGCCUUCUUGACCGGUGCAAGAUAUAACAGGGCCCGUUUAAUGGACGUGAAGAGUUUCAAUGUGUAUGGUGUGUACAUGCCUCGUAGUAAUCCACUUGACUGUUUUAUGAGUGGCCCAGCAAUGUCAAGAUUACGAGAACGUAACGAAGAAUCACCCGGUGCUCCACCUGAUACACCUCGAUCUGAUGAUGACGACACAACAGACGAGAAAGAAACAAAACAAAAAAGACCAGCAACCGCGCCUUCUAAAAGGUUACUAUCUUCCUCAACGCCAUCUGGCGGUCGUCCCCGAAGUGCACGAGUUGAUUCCAUUGGUCCUUCCAUAAAUAUAAUGCAAGAUGAAAGUGAGAACAAAGAAAAUAUUGCUGUUAACAACAAUUUGGUUGAAAAACUAAUAUUUUUGCAAAAUGGGUUGUUUAUAACAGGGAAAGGCGUCAUCGUUACGCUAAAAGGAUUUAAAUCUCCUCCUCCACAGAAAAAAGAAUCAAUUCUUCCAAGUGUGACUGGCGUGUCUGUACCAACAAUGAAAUACAAGAAAUCUCGUAAUAUCCCCGACGAUUCUUCCAUCAUAAAUCAACCUCCUCCAACGCCAGUAGGACAGUUAUCAGUAAAAGAUGAAACAGAACAUCUUCAAUCUCCUAUACAGGAAGAGAUUACUGCUCCUGCGCAAGAUGUGACAAAAACAUGUAACAAGGAUACUGACCAAUCAGAUACUCAAACUAAAAACUUGGAAAUGUCCGUUAAAAUUAUUCAACUUACAAGUGAUCCAAAUGAAACUGCAGUUGUCUAUGAUAAGGUAGAGAAUGGCGAUACAAACACAUCAGCAACACUUCAUCAAACAUUUUCACAGGAGGAAAAUAACGAAAGCAGUCUUGAAGGACAGAAAGUGGCUGAUGAAGCUAAACCGAAAAUAACGGAAGUACGUCAGGACGUAAAAGGCAUUUCCGGAAAUGGCAUCACAAUCGCAGAGACAAAUGACACCAAUACUAGUAAUAAUAUAGAAAAUCAAGUGAAAAGCACAACAUUCAUGACAGAAAAAGAGGAUACUACUGAAGUUAAACAUGUUUUAACCAUUCCUAAUGCUAAAUUAGAACCAGAAUAGUAUAUUUAUUUCACAUUUUUACCUCGAUGAUAUGAAAUGAACUUAAUUCUUAUCAUUUCAUUCUUGUUUAUAGGAAAAUAAGAGUUUGUAUCAUAUAUUCUGAAGGAUUUCACCUUUUUCAUAUAAUGAAGGGAAAAUGUAUACAUGGUCAAUCUGCGUGUACAUAAAAAAAUCCAGAAGAAACUAAUCAUUUAGCACCUCCAAAAACAUUUCCUUUUUUUGAAAAUUGGAAAAAUAACUAAAACAAUAUAAGUCAAUUUCUUAACAUAUAAAAGACUGAACAAUGAAUUUUAAACAAAUUGUAGGAAAUUUUGAUAUUUGUAAUUUAUUCAUACAGAACACACUUCUGCACACCACUGUUGAAUCAAGUGUUUAUGUCAGAUCUUUUCAAUAAGUGUGACUUAAAUUGGAUAUGCAGAGAGGGUCAUCUUUGUAUUUCGACCCUUUUCAUGGUCGAGAACAAAUAAUGGUACAGAAAAAAAUGUAUUAAGAAUGUCUUGAUAUUGUCGUAUACCUACAGAAUCGUUUUAUCAUACCUACUAAAUAUGCGUUAAUGGCUUGUUUUGCUAUAAAUUCAGCAGCAGCUGCAUUGCCAAUACAUCGUCCUUGACCUUAUAUUUUACAUAUGGGGUUGUGAAAACAAAACAGUAAGUUUAUGAUUCUUCUCUAACAUGUAUAUUUUAUAUGUUUGUUGGUUACCUGCUUAGAAAGGUUUAUACGACACAUACAUCAACCAAACACGCCAAAACUCAGUUUCUAGCAGUAUUUAUUUUUUUGUGCUUAUAUUGGAAUGACUGAAUGUUGUUCAUUUGCUCAAAAUCCCUAUAGUUCAUUCUGUGAUAAUUGAUUUAACAAUGUUGAUUUAACUAAUAAAUUUGUUGAAAACUUG